AUGCUGACUAAUGCCAUCGCUCCCGUGUACCCUUGCUCCCGCGAACAACGGCUGGGCGUCUCGGGGGAAGGCGGAAAGGUGAGGCUGGAGGAUGGAUUGGGUCUGCGUGCUGCCAACUGCUUUUCAAUCCAAACCCGUAGUGUACAGGACAUCUCCAAAGCCACAGGGGCCGUACCCCUCACCUUCCACCCCUUCAUAUCCCACGAGGCGCAGCAACGCAUGCUGACCCUUCCCCUGCUUUCUUUCCCCUGCAUCCCCCCCUUUCCCACCCUCCCCCUUCCCUCCCAUCCCCACAGUGUGGGCAGCAAGGAGAGCUACUCGUUCGAAGAGGAUAUCGCCAAAGCCACAGGCGCUGUACCGCUCACCUUCGAUCCCUUCAUCUCCCAAGAGGCGCAGCAACGCAUGCUCGCCCUGCCCUUUCUCCGUUACUUCCCUGAAGGCCUCUCGGGCAGAGUGAAACUUUCCAAGAACAGAAAGAUGUUUCCGAGCUACACCUUUUCGACUCUGCCCGAGCUCAUGGCUACUCACAGCAGCAUAUACAUGGAUGUGCUCAAGAUAGACUGCGAGGGGUGUGAGAUUGAGAUGAUCCGAGACCUGGAGCAGGCCAUGGGGGGAGAUUCCAAGGCUGGGCUUGUGCGGUUCGGAGGGAAGCUUCCUUUCGGCCAGCUGCUGCUGGAGUUUCACAAGAUCCACGUUCCUAAAGUCACGCUACCUCUCAUCUACGCAAUUGAGAACCUCGGUUAUCGUAUUUUCCAUGUUGAAAUGAACCCGCUCUGCUCCAAGUGUAUGGAGAAGAUCAGUACUGCCACCAAAGAUCAUCUCUGGAGUUGGCGUGUUUCUCCUCUGCUCACUUCGCCACUGCCAACCGAGCCACCUGCUUCGCUGCUCUGCCCCGAAUUGCUAUCUACUGUUAUUUCAGGUAAGAUACAGCAGCCACAGCUCGCCCCUACCGCCGUUCCUUCCCACCUCUUUGCAUCCCCGCUUCAGAAGAACAGCACUGCCACGGAGAUAUCGACUCUGGAGUUGGCGUGUUUCUCCGCUGCCCACUUUUGA